AUGUUAAUGAAAUCUAAUGAAUCCCCGGCGUCAUUCCUAGUGCUGAUACGCAAAAAGAAGCCUGAAAGGUUAGUGGCACGAAGUAUGAUAAAUAUCUUUACUAACACCGGUUUAAAAAUUAACGAGGAAACAAAUUCACAUCCGGUUAUUAUAACAGCAGAUUGGUGUUUAAUUGGUAAGAUUGAUAUUGGGGACGUAUCAGAUUUACCAGGUUUCAGAAUUCGAUGCCAAAUAGAGUUUGUUACAAUUGAGCACGGCCAUAUAGUAGAAGACGACGGUUCAAUUGCUACCACUGCGCUUUAUAACGCGUUUUUGUCGUCCACUUGCACCGACUUUACCAUCAAAGUGUUACUUCAUACUGUAGACAGCCAAGAAAUUGAUGUGCACAAAUGUGUUUUAGCUACAUACAGCGAAUUGUUCAGAAGCCUUUUUCAAAGUGAUACGUCUAAAGAAAAUAAAAGCAAUUAUAUAGAGCUUGACGGAUACGACUUGACAUCAGUUGUUGCAAUGAUCAAGUAUCUGUAUACAGGUCAACUAGCAGGUACACAGCUUAAUCUUGAAGAAGUUUAUCGACUUGCCUGCGAACUAGCCAUUAAACCGUUACAGCGAAAAUGUGUAACACUGUUUCGUACAGAAAUUGAUAACUUAGCUAGACUAAGAAUGGCACUAAAGCCCCCAGAUAAGCAAUUUCCAGAAGAAUUAUUAAUGGCUUGCGCAAACUAUAUAUCAAAAAACAGUCACCGAUCAUUCGAGACUCAGGAAUGGAAAGAGCUAAAAGCGAAUAAUCCAGAUGUUGCAUUUGCGUUAGCAGAAAUGUCGCUUCAUCUAAAUCGAGUACAGCGAUAA